AUGGAAAACGAUCACGAACCCACCGAAGCUGAUUCCCCGGCUGAGGAAAUCGAAUCUCCCGUCGAGGUUCCUAAGCCUCUUCAUCCCUCAACUCCCCCUCAUUUGCCGUCCCUCGAUAUUACCACAGGCAUAUCCUCCUCUUCGACACAUCUCGGUCAGGUCAAUGCUGCUCGGCGGGGUGCUGCACCCCCGCAACUUCCCCAGGCCUCGAUGAGUGCCACUGGCACUAUGGCAUUGAACCAGGAUAUUAUGGCAAGAAUGAAAGCAUUCUCCCUCUCCCGACAAGGUCCGUUGCCACAUGCUGUGUCUACAGGAGCAAUACCUACCGCCCGCGAUAAUGGACCAACCGGUGGUGCGCUGGCCGGUCGCCUACCACCGGUCGCACGACCGAGCAGCCAGAACUGGGCUUCCUCCCCCACAGUACCUUCUGUUGCGUCCAACGCUCCAUCUCCGAACAUUGGGGGUCUGGCCGCCAAGCGCAUGAAGCCAGGCCUGAAGCUGUCAGACGUGACGGGCGGACCACCAUCACUAUCUCUAAAAUCAACAGACCCAGCACCUGCAGAACAGAAUGGAGGGGAGACAGCGUUUAGUAAAUACUCAGAAUUUAUCGACACGAAUGCUGGGACCUUGAAUUUCAAGAAUAAGGCCAUUCUACAUGGCGGCGGUGUUGAGUUUUCCUCUGGACACAGUUUCAAGAUCUCGCUCGAUGAAGUCGAUCGGUUAGACGAGCUGGGUAAAGGAAAUUAUGGAACAGUUUACAAGGUUCGACACAGCCGACCACACCUUCGAAAACCUGGGUUGGGUCUGAGCGGGAUUGUGAGCCAUGCGCCAGGCCAGGAUGCCCCGAGUCCGGACUUUGGGAUCUCCGAUAAUCUUUCUGGAGUAAUUAUGGCUAUGAAGGAGAUUCGGCUAGAAUUGGAUGAGGCCAAGUUUGCGCAGAUCAUCAUGGAGUUGGAUAUUCUGCACCGAUGUACCUCGCCUUUCAUCAUCGACUUCUACGGAGCGUUUUUCCAAGAAGGCGCAGUGUACAUGUGCGUCGAGUACAUGGACGGUGGUUCCAUCGACAGGAUCUACGAGGGAGGUGUGCCAGAGAAUAUCCUACGAAAGGUGGCAUUGUCUACUGUUAUGGGAUUGAAAGCGCUCAAGGAUGAACACAACAUUAUUCAUCGUGACGUGAAGCCUACGAAUAUCCUGGCCAACAGCAAGGGCCAGAUCAAGAUCUGUGAUUUUGGAGUCAGUGGAAACUUGGUUGCCAGCAUCGCAAAGACCAAUAUCGGCUGCCAAAGCUACAUGGCACCAGAGCGUAUCGCAGGUGGUGGCAUGCAACAAUCAGGCGCGACAAGCGGAGGCACAUAUAGUGUGCAGAGCGAUAUUUGGAGUCUGGGAUUGUCUAUCAUCGAAUGCGCCAUGGGAAGAUACCCGUAUCCACCGGAAACAUUCACCAAUAUCUUCAGCCAGCUUCACGCAAUCGUUCAUGGCGAUCCCCCCACUCUCCCAGACAGUGGAUUUUCGGAAGAGGCCCACGCAUUUGUCCGGGCCUGUCUUGAUAAGAACCCAAAGAACCGCCCCUCUUACAGCAUGCUUUUGAGACACCCGUGGCUCGAACCACUUUUGCGACCUCCAACCGAAGAAGCCGAGGAAUCCGAGGAACCCGAGGAAGCAGAGGCCAAAGCUGACGCUGAUGCUGAAAGCGAAACUGCCCCGACCGAAAUAAAUCCAUCCUCUGCAAUGGAGGAUAAGGAGGUCGCCAAAUGGGUCAUUAAGCAACUCGAACUUCGUCAAAGCGGCGAAUUACACGGCGUGGAUAAACCAGCUCUCCAUGCAGUGGCUCUGGACCAGGUGGUUACCAGUCCCAUACACGAUGAAUUCAAAGAAGUAUCAUAG